CCUCGGGACUCCAGCCCCUGUCUUGAUCUCUAGCGCCUUCUUAGCUCUAUGGCGGGAAGCCCGGCCCCCCGCGCCGUCACGUGACCCGCGCCGGCUGCCCCAAGAUGGCGGCCUCCCUCCGCGUCGGGGCGCCGUUCCGCCGCGCUGCGGCCCGCUCCGAGGCCGGGCGGCUCCCGCCGGAGCUGCAGGCCGAGCUGGAGGCGGCCCUGGCCGGGGAGGACCCCCGCCUCUCCUUCGCCCUCCUCCGGAGGCUCCACCAAGCCCGGCGCGAGGCCGGUUCUCAAGAAUUUCUUCAUGAGCUGCUGGAAGAUAGUGAAAUCUUCCUUCCUGAAGCGAGGAAGCCUCCCAGGAAUCCAGAGUUAGUGGCCCGGCUGGAGAAGAUAAAGGCUCAGUUAGCCAAUGAGGAGUACAAGCGGAUGACGAGAAACAUCAACUGCCAGGAGGGGAAUCGAUUUGGCACUCUGGCUGUUAUGGGAAGGCAAGUCAGGUCCUCGAAAGCCCUGGUCGUCACGAUACUCAACUUCAUUGUCACUGUAGCAGCCACGUUUGCCUGCACCUACCUGGGCAGCCAGUACGUCUUCACCGAAAUGGCCGCGCGGGUGCUGUCGGCUGUGAUCGUGGCCUCUGUGGUCGGUUUGGCGGAACUGUACGUGAUGGUGCGGACUCUCGAAGGGGAACUCGGGGAGCUGUAGCCAGGGGGCUUCUCCCAGCUGGACUGCCAGAGCUCUUUCUGGACCGGUUUCUCCGCUCGCCCUCCUCCUCCUGCUGCUGCUGCUGCUGAUCAGAGAGCCAAAGAGCUGCGGCAAGCGAGCAGGCAAUCUGUGAAUCGUAGUAAGCACCGAGGACGAAGGGGGCCCCCCUCUGACACACACACACACACACCCCCGCCACCCACGGAUGCUGGCCAUAGGCAAACCAACCGCAGCAGGCCGAGACGGCUCCUUCCGCUUCUCCCCCAACCCCGCCUUGCCUCUCGGGAUGCUCUUUUCUCCUUUCCCUUGGGUGGAUCCGUUCCAUCCUUCGGAACGCUCUGCGGAGUGGGAGGGGGGACUCGGGGCGGCGCAUCAGAAGCCCGGACUUGUUGCUGGAAGCCGCACUUUUCUUGGACGGGUGUGUGUGUGUGUGUGUGUGUGUGUGCUCGCGUCCCUCCUAGCUGGGCUAUUCUAGCGGUGACACUGCAGAGGGGUUGGGAGAAGCGUCCAGCCAGCUGCCAAGCUGUGAGAAUUGGCCCUAAUUGAGGGAGGGAGGGGGGGAAGCCAUUGUGUGCUGGCCUGUUUCGGAGGGCGGGGGACGUGCUUCUCCUCCACCCUCGGAAGGGUGCUGGGCGCAUGAUGUGGCGUGGCCACCUUGUUCCCUGCUGUUGACUUCCACUCCCAGCAUCCUCCGCUGCAGUGGCCUUUGGCAGGGGGUGAUGGGAGUUGUGCUUCACCACCUCCGGGAUCAGGGCCAGCACAGGGAGCCUUCCCUACCUCUUCCUGUGAUGCUGCCGCCCUGUGUGUGUCUCCAGAGAGGGCCCACCACAGGGCGGGGCCUGGCUGGCUGCUCCUCCCACCCACGAGAGCCCGUCCAUCCCCUGGAGCAGCCGACUCCCUCUCCGGCGGCGGGGGGGGGGGGGAAGUCCUUGAGCUCUGGCGGGAGGGGAGCGUCCUUUUCCUUGCGUUGGGGCUGGGUCCAUUUGCCCCCCCACCCACCCGCCGCCGCCUCCUCCUCUCUAGGGAUGGACUUCUACCGUCUGCAAUAAACGACCUUGCCCAAAGCCGUCCCUGAGUGUGGCUUCAGUCCGGGGGGGACGGGCUGGAACGUUGGGUUUCUCGGGUGUCUUGCUGGUGCCAGCGGCGCGGGGCGCCUGCCUCCUCCUCCUCCUCCUCCAGCUCUCCUAGGAAGCUGCCUUCUACUGAGUCGGGUCCUUCCCCACCCGCCCCCAUCUCAGUAUUGCCUGUACCAGAGGGUAGGCCCGCUUGGGCCCUCCUGCCGUUGCUGAACUUGACUGAAUUGUGGCUGGGAAUGAUGGGAGUUGUAGUUCAGCAACAGCGGGAGGGCCAAACCUGCCUGCCCCAGGCCCCUCUCCCAGCUGUGCUUGGACUACAACUCCCAUCAUCGCCAGCCACAGUCAAGCGAGUGCAAGAUGCAAGUUCAGCCCAAGUGGGCUGAGCAGGCGUCUUCUCCGCCUGGAGGGCCCACCUAGCCACGGGGGUGCUCUGGGUUCAAAGGCACGCUCCUUAUCUCACAUAUUUCCAGGCCUCCCAAAACUUGCGUCUCUGGGCGGUUUACCAUUGAAAUCAUUUCAAUAUUAAAAACAUUGACGUUCAAAUCAUUUACAACCAGCAUUCAACGUUUAAAGCAUCCUCAAUCUAAUUAAAAGCCUGGGGGGAUAAA